UCUACCGCGGCACCGGUCCUCGUCCUGUGUAGACCUGGCCUUCCCACUCACCACGGCCAGCAGACGGUGCAAUCCCCAAACUGAAGACCGCCCGGCUUGGAUCCGUAGCGAUGCCCAGCGAUUCAGAGACGCCUGCGCAUCCUCAGUCUGCGUUGGCAUCGCUUCAGAACGCCAGCUCGUCGGCGCAAGGCAAUCCGAAUGUUGUGCAUGCCUCACCCGCCCCACGCCCGCUGCCAUCCCAUCCUCCUUCAACCAGCGUCAACAUGACGUCGGCGCCCUCGGACACUAAUCUGGAGUGGCACAAGGCCAAGAACUCCAAGGUCAAGAAGGGGCGAAAGAAGGGCAGGGGACGCGAUAGCAACGUGCAGGAGGAGGCCAAGCGCAAGCAGGCGGAGGAGGAGAAAGCGCGGGAGGAGGCUAAGAAGUCCAGGCGGGGGAAGCGCGAAGAGACGGUGCGGGUCUCGGAGGCCAUUCACAGGAAGGAGGACGAGGAAGAGCAGAAGGUCGUGCUUGAGCAACCUGCGGAGGCGGCCAAUGCGACGAGUCCGAAGGAAGAGGUCGAGUUCGCCCCUUUCAACGCCGCUCUUGCUAAUGCACGUGCAAUUGGCGAUAUAACCUCCGUACAGUACCCUGAGGGCAUUAUCUGCCCAGCAGCUGAGAUGAAUAUCCAUACAAAGAACGGGAGGUUCAUAUAUGACCGCGGGUUUCUACUGCAAUUCAGCGACGUGUGCAAGGAGAGGCCCGGGCCUGGCAGAACGAUAUCUUCUGAAGUCCUCGACUAUCUCGACAAGCGUCCCGAAGGCGCUGAGAGGCGUCGCGCUACUCGGAAAAAGGCUCUCCAAAUGCGAUCAUCCGCGGCUGCAGUAUCUACGAGUACCGCUGCCCAUGCAGGCUUUAAGUCAUCACCAGCGCCUUGAAGGGUGUAAGCAGAAAUAACUAGGGAAUAGGCCCUCAAAGGCCAGCAGGCCACGAUGAUCCCGGUCGAAUAUAAGUUGUAAACUAGAAUCCAACUCGCCACAAUGAUAUUCACGCCAUUGUCCUUGGGUUGCCUUA